AGCUUCAACCGUUGAACGUUUCCUCCAUGAUUCAACCAAAAUCCCAAUGCAGAAGAACCUUCAUAAGACCUUUCACAAAGUUCAAAUUCUUCAACUUAGUUGACAACUCUCCUUCGAGAAGGGAGAACGAAGAUUUGCAGUUGAGAAUUGAGAUUCUCCUUGUUCGUCUUCUCCUGCUUUUUUUCUCUUCCCGAGAUCUCGAAGAAAGCGAAAUCACGCAACAGAGAUUCGCCACAAGACGAUAUCAUGACGUUUCGGCACAGUAAUAAGUUGAAGCGAUGGGGAUUGGAUCUCGAUCGGAGGUUACUGUUCCUGAUUCUCUUCCCAAUCUCUCUAUUUCUCAUCGCUUCGCUCUCUCCGUUCCCCUACGCCGCCGUGCUCGCCCCCCUGCGAUCGAUCCUCGGCGGCUUCGCCUCGCCGCUAGAUGCUAAUGCGUCGCCGGAGUUGAACCGCUCCAGGAUCGCCGUUUGCUUGGUAGGUGGAGCUCGGAGGUUCGAGCUCACCGGCCCCUCCAUUAUCCAGAAGAUUCUCAGAGUGUAUCCGAAUGCCGACCUCUUCCUUCACAGUCCUUUGGAUUCGAAUGCGUACAAGCUCUCCCUGCUCCGCGCCGCUCCUAGAAUCGCCGCCGUCAAAAUCUUCAAGCCUACGCCGAUCGACGAGACCGAGGCAGAAACCCGAGUUCUCACCGCGGCGAACUCGCCCAAUGGCAUUCAGGGCUUAUUACAGUAUUUCAAUUUGGUAGAAGGUUGUUUGACGAUGAUUGAACACCACCAACUUAAGAAUAACUUUACUUACGAUUGGAUUAUCCGGACCCGAGUGGAUGGAUAUUGGUCCGGCCGUCUCAAGCCGGAGCACUUUAUUCCGAGCCGGUAUGUUGUACCCUCCGGUUCAUCAUACGGCGGAUUAAACGAUCGUUUCGGCGCCGGCGACUUCAACACCUCAGUGGUGGCUCUCUCCCGGCUAUCCCUGAUCCCCCAGCUCGACGCCGGAGGAUACGCGCUCCUGAACUCAGAAACCUCGUUCAAGGCCCAAUUAACGACCCAAAAGGUUCCCUAUUCGACUCACCGCCUCCCCUUCUGCGUGGUAACCGAUCGCAAAUACGAUUUCCCUCCGUCGCAUUUCGGCGUUCCGGUGGCCGCCAUUUCCAGCCGCGGCCCCUUAAGCGGCGCGAAAUGCCGGCCGUGCACGCCGUCCUGCACGGGGUCGUGCGUCGCCUCGGUGAUGAGCGGGCUGGACCGGGGAUGGAGCUGGACGGAUUGGAGCAACGACUCGUUGGAGCUCUGCGACGCUCACGCGGACUGGGAGAACGGUUGGGAGAAACUCUUCGAUCGGACCGCCGGCAAGAAAUUGGCCACUGCUCGGCGGCGAGUAAAGGGUUUGAGUUUUGGGCAAUGCGUUAACGACUUUGAGGUUAUGAAGGAGAAAACGGCGUCGUGGGUUGCUCCUCCCGGGACCGAGAUUUGUCAACUCGGCUUACAAGCCGUUUAACAAACACUGUUAUUAUAUUAACUCUUUUAUUCUUUUUACAGAAAAUAUAAUGAAGUUUUGUAAAGUUGGAAAAUUACUUCGUUCCCUGAUCAUAUUCAUCGUGUAUACAAAGGAAGGCAAGUGGAUAAUAAGUAGAGUAGCUAUUAGCUAGUUAUGAGUCCAGAUAAGUGGAGUCUGCAGGAGGGUUUUAUGGCUGCAAUUCUAUAAAUUCUGGAUGCUUGCUGUAGCUAUUUUUUGGUUUGGAGAUGGUUUUUAGCUGGUUUCAAUGGAUUGAAGGCUAUAAAUUUGGAUGAUAA